AAUGAAAACUUCUUGCAACAAUAUCGUAAAAAGUGUGAAUUUAAUUAAAGGCCUUGAUGGCCGUGUAAAACUAUCACUGGCCAGGCAUAAUGCCCUAAACUGGCACUUAGUUGAGCCGCAACAUCAUGAGCUCAUAGUAGAUUUUUUGCAUUGUUGCUUUGGUGAAGAUUGGGAUAUGGUCAAAGGUGAUGCCUAUUGGGGAAUUAAUGCCAUAACACAAGCUAUCGAAGGAGACUGCGACAUUGCAUUGGUAAUAAUUUUCAAGGGUAACAUAUGUAACAAUAUGGUACAGCAUAUCCCUCUGGCGUGUUCCUUAAAGGCAAUACCAUACGUUAGCUUGAUAAACAAAGUUAAGCUACCCUCUUCACUACCUGUGAAGAACCUGAGUGCUGUAGCUAUAAAGAGGGCUUGUGGACGUCUCGAAGUUCUCAAGGCCGUUAUAACACAUUACAAUCACAUAUGAAGA